AUGCUGGCCCGAUUGAUUCUUCGAUUCUGCGCUCGUGGUUCAUCCCCCUUUUGGGUCAGACGAUGUAGAACGAAUGAUUCGUCUCUGGCAACCCCGCCGACAGAUGUCCAAAACUUCCAUACUGCAUCAGAGGAAAAAAAAAAUGUCGCUAAUGAAGAAACUCGGUUUCCAGAUUCGGUCCUCUUCCUGCUCAUCAGCCUGACCUCCAUCGCCGCAACGCUGUACCUCCCGCAACAUGUCUCUCUUCUUGCCAGCCGCGCGUGGUACUACAUCAACGGCGAGACGAUUGACAUUGCAGCGUUUGCGAGAAAUGUCUUUGAUGGAGCGCUGGGAGCCGGCAAGGGCGCUGCGGCAGUUGUGAGAGAGCUAUGA